GGUCCAUGAGGGGAGAGAAGGGACCGUGAAGGGAGAGAAGGGUCCGUGAGGGGAGAGAAGGGACUUUGAGGGCAGAGAAGGCACCGUGAGAGAAGGGACUGUGAGGGGAGACAAGCCACCAUGAGGGCAGAGAAGGGACUGUGAGGGGAGAGCCAUGAGGGGACAGGGCAAUACUGCUUCUGAAGGGAUAUGGCGGUGCAGGCUCUAAGGGGAUACGGCGGUUCCGCCUUUGAGAGGAUACAGCAGUACUGUCUCUGAGGGGAUUUGGCGAUACCGAUUCUGGUGGGAUAUGGUAACACCGACGCCGAGGGGACAAGGCGGUACCGAUUCUGAUGGGAUAUGGUGAAACCGACUCCAAGAGGACAAGUCGGUACGGUCCCUGAGAGAACACAGCGGUACCCAUUGUGGCGGGCUAUGGCAACACCGAUUCCCAGGGGACACGGCGGCUCCGCCCCUGAGGGAAGCGGGGAGGAGGCGCACGCGGCGGGAGCGGGCUCGGCGCCGGCCAAUCAGGCAUCAGAGCGCUGCGCGCCGCAGCCAAUGAGCACGGCGGGCGUUGGGCGCGUGUGUGGCGGGGCCGUGAGGCGCGGGCGGAUCGUAACGGGAGCGGCUCCGGGCGCUUCGUGCGGCGGCGGGACCGCGCCUCAGCCCGCCCUGGAGCUGCGGGAGAGCCAAACCAGUGACUUUGAGAGGCUGCAGCGGCAGUCAGUUGAGUGGAUUCCUUCUGAGGAGGAAGAGGAGAGCGUGUGGGUGCCAUGGAAGUGGAAAAGAGCAGCAGAAGGAGCUGCUCCACUCAGACCUGUUUCAGUGAAGAUUUAGGGGAGGACUCUCAGCUGGAGUAUCUCAGUGCUUAUGAGGAGUAUGAGGAGGAUAAGAACUCGAGUGGGUUUUCUGAGCAGGGAGAGGCUGGAGAGGUGAAGGAUGCAUCACUGACUGGUGAGAAGGUGCCACCCCCAGUCACGGCAGGGGAAGAAGAGUCUGCAAAGAGUGACAGACCCACCCACAGCACGGCACUGGAGCCAGACGUUCCUGUGCUGCCUCGCAGGGAAAAGGCCCAGCUCUGCGGACACGCAGAGCCCCCCGAUUUCAGCAGCCGUGACAAACCUGCGCUGUGCACACGUGGCACUGGCAGCCCUGCAGAGGACGCUGAAAGCCAGCUCUCAGUCCCUGAAGUCCUCCCUAGCAAGCAUCCUGCUGCUGGCAUGGAAGAUGCAGAUAAAAGCUCUGGGGGGAGCCCCGGGGCUGCGAAGUCGGAGCGCGGUGAAGCCCCGAGGAGCGUUCCCGGCGUCUCUGUGCCCGCGCAGGCUGCGGAUGCCGGCUCUGAUUCCAGAGCUCGUUUCCCAGCGAGCAGAAGCAGCAGUGCCCAGCUCUGUCUCUGCUCCAGGGCAGUGAACACAGAGGUAACCAUGAUGAAUGAAACCCAAUUCAUGGCGUGGCUGGAUGAAACCUCUGUGGUUGCUUCUUCCAACAUGGAAUGCACACACGUGCAGGUAAUGGACACAAAACGAGAAGGGCCACCAAACCAGGAUGAAUCAAAAGAUGAUCUGUGUAUCUGUGACGGGACGACAGGCACCAACAGGCCAGAACAUCCCAGCAAGCAGACUGGGAAGAAUCCUGCAUCAGGCUGCUGUCAGAAUCUCCUGCAGAGAGCGGCUGAAGCAGAGCUGCAGGUCCUGGCCAUCCAUUACGACAUGUGCUACCAGCACUGCCUCAAGGUUUAUGAGCUGGCUUUGGAGGAGAACACCUGUUUUGGGAGAUGUGAGGAAAAGGCAUUGUAUUCCUCUCUCAUGCUGGUUUUGGAUGAGCUGGACAAUAAUUACAGCAAUAUGAGAAUGAAAAUAAACACGGGCACACCAUUAAGUGAACUUCCACCACUGUCAGUUGAGCUGAAGCUUUCCCCAAUCUCUUCCUUUUAUGUCCCCUCCAAGUUUUUCAGAAAGAGCCUUUACUCUGAUGGUCUUUCAGGUGAAGGGAAAGCUGACUUUGAAGAACCAAAACGGCAAGAAAAGGGGAUUUCUGUCAGUAUGGACAAAUCACAGACUGGUGGUGAUCAGCCAGGUGACUCUGCCUCCCCUGAGACACGGGAAGAACAACGCAAAGAUCAGGCUCUGGAACGUGGCUGUGUGAAAAAUGAGGAAUGGAGUGAGUAUUGGUUUGAUGCUAAGGAAGACUUGUCAGUGGCAGAUAUUUCAGUAAUGUGCAAAGAAACGAGAAAGAAGCAAGGAAAACAAGACUCGAUUGGCUCAACAGAAGUGAAGAAGACACAGGGGAGUGGGAAUGAACAUUAUUCUGUGCAUGUUCGUGGUCCAAAACCCUCAGUGCCUGAGGAUCCUGGGGAAAAUUCCCUGCAGAAGACAUCCACUUAUUCCUCUGUUGACCCACCUGGCAUCUUUGUUUCUCCCUACGCCCUGAACUUGCACAGUUUUACCAAGUUAAUAAAGAGACUUCAGGAGAGGCAUCCAGAGUUUAGCAAAGAGGAAAUUGUGAAGGCUGUGCAGGAGCUGAGGAAAAUCAACAAAGGUGUCCUGAGUGGCUUGGCCAUCAGCUCCAUUGAGGAGAAGACCUCUGCCAUUCUGAGGAGAUGGGUGCGUUCUUCUCAGCAGGAGAAGCCCUGAAAAAGGUGAAUAUCCCGGCCUGGAGGGGAAUAGAAACCCACGGGACUUUGUGUAGCCUGACUAGAUUGAUUUAGCCUAAAGCCCUACCAGGGAGCAGUGGUCGGUAAGGACUGGGAGGUGGUGUAAAACAGCAUCGUGUAAAACUCUGUACUGGUGGUUAAAAGCUGCUUCGCUGCUGAGCCCUGUGGAGGGCACUGUCACACACGUUCGGUGCAAAGCUGACACCUACCGGCCCGGCCGUGUGCAGGCUCUGCUCGUACAGAAACCCCAGAAACCGGCAGCUGAUGAUUUCUGAAAUGCCUGCAGCUCUGGGCUGCAAACCUGACACAACCAGACUGGGUCUUGUACUUUUCUCACACUCAUCCCUUGGCCACGAUUGUGUAAGCUGCAGCAAGCUGAACGUGCUGAAACCACUGCCCAGAACUCUGGGGAUGUGUCCAUCCAUCCUUGCUUUGCUCUCCUGCUCAGCCUGGUGCUCUGCUUGCUUUAGGUACCUCCUGGCAGUGCCACUACAGGUCUCCUACAAAAAAGAAAAGUCUUCGUGUUAAUCUCCUGUCUGACUUUCACAGGACUGCAGUAGGGACAGAAACUCAUCCUCCAAAAAUUAAAAUCUUAUGCUUGAAAGCAUCUUCAGUCAGUGAAGUUUUAACAGCCUUGGAAUGAGUUGUGCUUUCUCUGUGAUUAUUUGGGUUUCCAGUGGUACGUGGGCUCUGCAGUCCUAAUUGUUCCUAUUACAGUAUUUUUUUUGCCCUUGUUUUGUGGGAGAUGAUGACUUACAAUAAUUUUUAUUUUCAUCAUGAGGAAGGUGUGAAAUGGCCAAGUCAUUAGCAAACAAUGGGGAGAAAAAGA